UCACGUGGUUGUUACGUCAUCCUGUCACGGGGAAACAGUAUGGCCGCCUGCAGAGAUGUAAUGUUGUACCUUUAGCUGCAUUUUGGUCAAAAACAAGAUUUUAACCAUUAAAUGUCGAAGUGAAACACGCGCAGUCACAUCUGUCGUGUUUCCUUUAGAACCGACAGGACAAAAAAGGACGCAUGUAGACAUCUGUGGUGUGUGAAAUCGUUGAUUUGAGCACCAUGGCUUCUGCUUUUGUAGUGGGAGAUAAAUUCAGGAAGAAGGUGAGAGAACUGUUGGAAGACUCGGAAAACUCUGGAAACUCAGACUCAUGUCUGCCUGAAACACUGAGAGGAGAGCUGAUCCAGCUCCUGGACAGCCCGGAAACAGUCACCCUUUCCUUCAGCACCGCCAGACAGCUCAAGAAGUACCUCCAGGAUGCAGGUCAUCCUUUUUACCUGCAUGAGCUGCUGGAGGACAGCGUUCUGCACCUGCCCGAGGUCGUGAAGCCGCCCAGAAACCCGGAGCUGAUCGCUCGUCUGGAGAAGAUCAAGGCCAAGCUGGCCAACGAGGAGUACAACAAGAUCACACGAAACGUCAACACACAGGAAAUCCAGCGGAACGGGACUUUAGCAGACUUUGGACGGGACGUGCGCUCGGCCAAAGCCGUGGUGGUGACGGUCUUUAACUUCCUGGUGACCGUCGUGGCCACGUUCGCCUGCUCCUACAUGGGCAGCCAGUAUUUGUUCACCGAGACCACCGCGCGGGUGAUAUCGGCCGUGAUCGCGGCGUCCGUGGUGGGCUUGGCCGAGCUGUACGUCCUGGUCCGCACCAUGGAGGGCGAGCUCGGCGAGCCGUAGCAGCUCGGAGGACGUCCAGGGUUUCGAGGUUCAGUCUGGAUUUCCACCUGGUUUGUUAAUUGAAGCGGAAGUAUUAUUAAAAAAAAAAAAAAAAGAAGUUUCUUUCAAAUUGAUUGAAUAUUUGACAUUCCACCUCCCCUUUUCACCCACAUGAUCUGA